AUGCCAGACCUUCCACCCUAUGACCCCCCGGAGGCACUCCCACUCCUCCAAACACCAUCGCCAUCGCCUUCCCCCGUCCUUCUCCGCCUGUACGCCUCGCACGCCCUAUCCACAUGGACCUCGCGCAUGUUCGAAUUCGGCGCCGUUCUGUUCCUGGCGUCUAUCUUUCCAGAUACGUUAUUGUACGCGUCUAUCUAUGCUUUGUGUCGGUCUUUCUCUGUCGUCGUGCUGUCUGCGUGGCUGGGUGAGGUUGUAGACCGGUCUGAUCGGUUGUGGGCUAUUCGGAUGUCGAUUGUCUGGCAACGUAUCCCCGUGAUCGCGUCUUGCGUGUGCUUUUUGUUCCUUAUGAAUGGCGUCUUGCCUCCUGUUUUCUUUGCCGCUGCUGUGCUGCUGGCGUGCGUGGAGAAGUUGGCUGCGACUGCGAAUACGGUCGCUGUUGAGAGGGACUGGGCUAUUGUGGUCUCGGAUGCUCUUCAUAUGCCGAGACAUGUUGGGCUAGAGUUGAAUGCUUCCAUGCGUCGGAUUGAUCUUUUUUGCAAGCUUGUGGCCCCUGUUGUCAUUUCGCUGGUCGAUGGGCUGUCGACUCGGCUUGCUGUAUGGGUGGUUCUCGGUGUUAAUGCUUCUUGUGUUCUGGUGGAAUACCUGGCUAUUGAUCAGGUGUACAAAGCGGUUCCCCAGUUGGAACGUCUGCCGACUGGAGAGAGCGACACGGCGAAUGUUGAACCGAGAGAGACAAUCCGUAUAAGUGCCGUUUUCAAACAAGCUGCCACUCCAUGGCGCGAGUACGUGGAAAGUUCAGUCUUCCUGCCCUCCCUCGCCCUCAGCCUGCUCUACUUGACGGUGCUCUCCUUCGGCCCCACAAUGGUAACCUACCUCUUACACACGAGUUUCACUCCCCUCCAGGUGAGCGUCAUGCGUGUCGGCGCUGUGGCCGCCGAGCUGUCAGGCACUUGGGCGGCGCCCCUCCUCAUGAAUCGAAUCGGCCCCAUUCGCUCCGGUCUGUGGUUCCUCAACUGGCAACUGGGCAGUCUGGCUGCUGCAGUGGCAGCCUUUGCGUGGACCAACAGUCAGUCACUGGUGGUAGCAGCGAGUCUCAUUGCUGGUGUAGCACUGAGUCGUAUUGGACUGUGGGGAUUUGAUCUGUCAGUGCAGUAUCUAGUACAAGAGAACGUCGAGGCACAUACUCGAGCGAGGUUCUCCGCCACGGAGAUGGCCUUACAGAACAUUGCAGAACUCCUCUCUUUCGCAACGACCAUUGCUUUCCCCCGUCCUGAGGACUUUCGGUAUCCGGUGUUCAUCAGCUUCGGGGCCAUCACCAUGGCCGCUGUGUGCUUUGCGGCGUAUGUGCGCAAGGAGCGGGGUCACUUGCUGCACAUGUCGCGGUGUCUGGACAAGCGAACUGGCCCUGCGCAGCAAAUUCUUGAUCCUCGAUAG